UCCUACCUGUCGGCCUCCGAAGUCCACUCGCCUCCCCACGCCAUGGCCGGCACAACCACCUCGCCGCCGCCGGCCGCCGGCGACCACCCCCGCGUUCUCCUCCGCGGCUUCCUCUCCCGCGAGACCUGCAAGGAGCUGGAGUUCGUGCACCGGAGCUGCGGCGCCGCCGGGUACCGCCCGUCGGUGGUGUCGACGUCGCUGCCGCACCUGUCGGCCACCGGCUGCGGCCACCUCCUGCUCCCGUUCGUGCCCGUGCGCGAGCGCCUCCGCGACGCCGUGGAGUCCUUCUUCGACUGCCUCUUCGAUGUCUUCAUCGAGUUCACUGGGCUCAUCAGUUGGUGUAAGGGAGCUUCUAUUGGAUGGCAUAGUGAUGAUAAUAAGCCUUAUCUUAGGCAAAGGGCAUUCACAGCGGUUUGCUACUUGAACAAUCAUGGAGAGGACUAUAAGGGUGGAAUUCUGCAAUUUCAGGAUGGUGAUCCUUCCUCUAUUGUUCCAGUUGCUGGUGAUGUUGUCAUCUACACUGCUGAUAACCGUAAUGUCCAUUGUGUAACCGAGGUGACUGAAGGGGAAAGGCUCACCCUGACUCUUUGGUUCACUAGAGACCGUGCUUAUAAUGAGGAUCCAAAACUCCUUACUUUUCUCUCUCAGACAUCGUUGAGCUGUGAACCAACUGAGCAAAAAUCUUAUAUUCCUAUGCCAGCCUCUGAUAGCAUGUAUUGGUUUUCCUAUGAUCAAUCUGGCUUUGAUAUACGAUGUGCUAGAGUGCAUGUCCUUGGGUUUAGUUUUCACUCAAGCAGUGGUGAAUACAGUACAUCUGUGUUGCCAGCUGAAGAUGACCCAAUAGAGCUGCUUGGGAAGCAAGUGCGGCUCGGGAGGGGAGAUGAUGUCUUUGAGAAAAUAUUUUCUAACAGCCUGCAUGCUCUUCAGGUGGUGCAAUUCUACUACUGGAAAGCACCUGAGCUGGCAGCAAGGAGGGAACAAAGUGCCGUUGGUUCAAGAACAGCCCGCUAUCCAGUUAUCAUACAUCAGUCAAGAGGAACACAACUACCAUUACCAUGCAAUCACACACUUUCACAAACCAUAUUUGGAUCAAUUAGCGCUGCAGAGAUUGCUUUCGAGUGGAAUGAUUUUGCAUUAGGUAUUGCUAUGUGGGAAAAUUAUUCAGAAGAGUUAAAGAAACAGUUGUUGACAUUUUUGCCAUUCUGGUUGUCCAAUGAAUCCAUUUUCGUCUUCGAUUCCUCUGAGCUAUAGUUAGCAUGGAUGAUGGCCCAAAUUCACCGGGAAGAACAUCACUGAAGCAUUGGCAGAGAGCUGAACCAAUCUAAUUCUCCAAUGGUGAUUUGGAUCUGCCUCAUGCUUCAGCGAUAUAGCUGGAGGGGAGGUAUGCUUUUCUCGAGCUCCACUGGGACUACUGGCACAGUAUAUUCCCAUCAUCAACGUCAUAAAAGAUGAAGUCAGCUUGGUCCUGGUGUAGCUGGACGGACAUGAACCCUUGCCCAUCAUAAAAGAACUCGAGGCUACCUUGAUUGGCUGGAAGAAUCCUCUCCAUGCUCUGGAACCACCACCACUUGUGAAGUAUUGGAUUAGACUGGAAACAACAGAAGCGUGUACGCUAUAUAGGCAGUGGUCAUGCCCAUUGAUGUAGAAGUCAAUGCCGUUAACAUGGAAUGUUGCAAAAUUAUGAUUAAACAAUUCUUUUCUAUAUACUUUGGGAGGAUAAGUAGUGGCUACUUCUGACUUGAGGAUUGGAAGAAGCAACUGCAGAAGCUCCUCGGUGUGACUGACACUCAAUCCUCAUGGUAGGAUGGCCAACAGCAAUCUUCCACUUUGCAAAGAAGAGUAAACUAAUUUUGCUCCAUGGCAUGAUAGCAUUAUCUGUCGCUGAUGAAUUUAUUCAUAUACGCACCUUCAGCAAGUUGGCUAUGUAUUUUUCACGAGGCGCCA